AUGGAAUUGACCACUAUUAAAUAUGGCGAAGAUGUAUCAAAAUCAAAUAAUAAUAAUAAUGACGUGGCAAAAGACGCGGCGGCGACGACGACAAUAUCACAAAAAAAAAAAUUAAUUAUUCCAACGUCGACAGAAUUGAAAAUUUUUACGACUCCGACACCUGGACGACGACGACACGAGGAGGAAGUGGAGGAAACGACAGCAGUCAAAACUAAGGUCACGUCACCGCCGAUACCGAUACCUCCUCUACUACCCAAAUCGGUUAUAAGAGUACAAAGUAGUUAUCCGAAUUAUUAUGCCGAAGCGGGUGUGACGCCAUCGACGGAAAUAUCACCAUCGUGGUAUCAAAAUCGUAAAUGGAGUUUCGAAGCUCCGGCAUCGUUCAUUAGUUGGUCUAAAAAUAGAAUUUCGAACAAUCCACUAUCGACGGCCGUCGGAGGUUUGUGUGCCGUUGCCGUUAUAAUAAUAAUGAUAAUCGUUUUGAUAAAGAGUUUACCGGGACGUCGAAGAUAUGUAGAGAAAAAAUCAAAUUCCGAAACGAAAGAAGAAGACAAAACGAGAUUGUUGAAACCUUCGGCUCGAACAUCGGAUGAAGAAUAA